CUAACCGUCCGUCGUCGGACGGGCAGACACUUCGAUUUGCUUAUGUUUUGGGCGGCAGCUUGGAAAUCUGGAGUGGGUAAACAAAAGGGAGAAUGGUUUCGUUCUUGUUCUUGGUGAUCGAAGUUAUAUUUGUGCCUUCCUUUCUACAUGGACUUGAUAAAAAUGAAGACAUAAUUACUAUCCCAAUUAAAACUGAUGGGGCUAGAAGAUUAAGCUACAUCAGUGGAAACUCUGCAGUUACAAUACAUGUUCCUAAUAUUCCUUCAGAUGUUAUUGCAUUGAUCUUUGAGGCUCAUACACAAGUUGAAAAUAUAACUGUAUCACAGAAUGAGAAGCCAUCUAUUCAUUCUUCUAUAACUGGCCAAAAUAUUGGAAUGAUUUACAAAUUAGAAAAUGCAGAAUCCAAAGCUUCCAUGUGGUUACUGAAUAGAAGUCAUAAGAAUAUUUCUGUGUUGAUAAUAAUUUCAACUAUACUUUCAUAUGAACCUGUGCCAGGUGGAUGCAAUAUGGAAUUUCCUACUGAAAUAGCUCCGUAUUUAAGAUUAAAAACUGAAUCUGGAAGAAUUUAUUUGGAAUAUCAACAUGCAAAUAUAGGUUCUGACAGAAAUGAUCCUCCUCCACUCUGUAGUGCGUCUUCUUCUUUUUUAGUUUAUGAAGUGCAUGUUUUGUUUCUUAAAGAAAAUAAUUUUGGAGAAGAAGAAUAUUUUAACAAAAUUGGAAUUAUGAGUAAUUUAUCACUAUUGAAACAACAUUCAGCCAAGGUGCAGACAUAUUCAGUGCAUCCAGAUACAAGAAUUUCCUUUCUGCUGUACCCAGAUAUAGGUGUUGUGUAUAAUGUCAUUGCUAAGUAUACAAUAAAUGGGGAAAUAAAAGAAGCUGCUUAUGUGCCAGUUGUAACUUAUGGUUGUAAUUCAUUUGAUUUAACUGAGUAUGGAUGUCGUAUGUCUGAUUUUUUUGAAGGCAAGGCAUUCCUUUUCUUGUUGUCUGUGUAUGGUUUUUUUGUUGCAUUUUUUGGACCGUUGUUUAUCAGGGCAACAAUGUUUUUCUUUGGAUUCCUUGCAUCCUUCUUCAUUGCCAUUGUGUUUCUUGGAAGAUAUUGUGAUUUUUCAAAGCAGACUACUUUAGAGCUUUCUGUAAUCAUUGGACUCAUUGGUGCUGGAAUCUGGUUGGCCAUGUGGUUAUGGUCAUAUAUUUCUCUAAUAUCAUUGCUACUUAUUGGAUUUGUCUUUGGAUUUUUAGUAACAGCAGCAAUAUUUUAUACACCUGUUGGAAAUUUUGAAAUAUUCUUGAACAGUAAAAAUUUCUGGGCAUUAUUGUCUUCUGGGACACUAUUUGUAGCUGUGCUGUUUUUAUUAAAUCCCACUGUGAUGACUGUAGUCGGAUCAUCAGUUGUUGGUUCUUAUAUGUUCUUGUUAUUUUAUGAUGAUUUUAUUGGGACGAGACUUGCAUAUAUUGUGAUAAAUGUUGUCAAAAGAGCAGUUUCAGAAAACCUUGGAUUUGCUUCAAAUGAUUAUCCUUUUCAAGUAAAGG